AUGUCAAGAAUAGACGGAAUCAUCAUUCUCUCUCCUAAUGGAAAACCCCUCAUCAGUUCACAUUUCUCAUCUCAUCCCCCUUCUUACCCUAACGUACAUAUAGACGCCUAUAACCAUGCGGUUACACGUAAUGGAUCUAUUUCUGGGCAAUUUGGAUCAUCGGAUGAACCCCGGCCGAUAUUGUGGGUAAACACUUUGGUCAGAGGUGGAGGAUUGGGGAAUGCAGGGUUGUGUCAUUUGGAAAGGGAAGGAUUGACCUUUCUCGUUCCUAUUUCGCAGGAAGUGAACCCUUUAUUAGCUUUCACAUUUCUGGAACGAUUUCUAGAAACUUUGAAGGAUUAUUUAGGAGAAGUCACAGAAACCACUUUGAAAGAUAAUUUCGACAUCGUUUAUAUGUUGAUAGAAGAGAUGCUUGACGAAGGUCAUGUAGCCAUGACGGAAUUAGCCAUGUUGAAAGAGAUCGUACUUCCUCCUUCUCUCAUGCGUAAAUUACUUUCAGUCGCUGGUGUUUCAGGAUUACAAACACCUACAACAACUCCUUUAGUCGCUCCUAUACCUUGGAGAAGGACACAUGUACGACAUCCGAAUAAUGAAAUUUACUUCGAUGUGGAGGAGACUUUGGAUGCGAUUGUUGAUCGAAAGGGAAAUGUCCUGUCAUCCUCCGUAUGGGGAAGGAUCAAUGCCAAUUCUCGACUAUCCGGUACACCUGAUCUCCUCUUGACAUUAAUCAAACCAGAUCAAUUGUCAAACUGUUCUUUCCAUCCUUGUAUACGAUAUAAUCGAUGGAACAGAGAUAAAGUCUUAUCGUUCAUUCCACCAGAUGGAAAGUUCAAACUGUUAGAAUAUCAAGCUGCCGAUUUGACAAAAGGGCAAUUACCAUUUCUACUAUCUCCUUCAAUGACAUUGGAAGAGAAUGGUGGCAGAUUCUCCCUCACAAUCAUGUCUCGUCUUAACAACCGUCCACUGGAGAAUCUUAUCAUUUCUAUAAAUUUAGGUGAAGGUGCUAGUUCAGUAUCUGCUACAGCUACCGGUGAUAGAAGACCUAUUGGGCAUGGCGGUUUGGGAAAGAGGGAUGAUAUGUCGGAAGGGAUGGUAGGUGGAGGAGUAUGGGAGUUUGAUCCCAAUACACGGAUCCUUCGAUGGACUAUCUCAUCCCUUACCUCCACGGAGAAACCACCAACUUUGACCGGAUCUUUCGUAACCACCUCCACUCCCAUCCCUUCUCCAUCGUUCGCGAUAUCCUAUGAUAUACCCAACUACGUAUACUCCGGUUUGAAGAUAGAUCAACUACGAGUUCUUGGUGAGAUGUAUAAACCUUUUAAAGGUGUAAGAAUGACAAGUGUUACUGGAAGGGUGGAAGUACGAUAUUGA